GCUUAAGUUGUAACAUGCGUACUUGAUGGUUUUAACUAUCAACGCAUGUACUUCUAAACAAUAGGGACGUGGGUUAAUUAUAUUAUCUCAUCCAGAUGGCAGACAUCCAAUGGCAAAUUGGUGUAGUAACCGUGUCCCUUCUCUGCAGAGAAUACGUGAAAGCAAGUUCCAUAUAGAUUCUCUCUCUUUAAACAAUCAACCAUAUCGAUUUUGUUUGUGAAUCAACAAUUCUCCAAAGUCAGAGCUUCACGACUGCAAUUUCGGUUUUCUUUUUCGGUUUCUUAAUAUCAAUCGAGGGUAGAAUUAAAUUCGUUGCUUGUUGUAUGAGUAGGGAUUGAUAUUUUCAGAAUAAUACAUUUUGGAGGAUGGCUGAUAGUGAGGAGGGACCUGGGAAUGCUUCUCGUGGGAAUGAAUGGGAAGUUGUAUCACUUACAGCGUCUGCAUAUGCUGCUGCACCUGGUCCUGCAAAUGUUGAACCAAAGAAUGAUGAUGAGGGUGAUGCAAAUGGGGAGACUGAAGCAGAAAUUACUCGGGCAUUGUUCAUGUCUGGGCACUUUGUCUUUCCACCCAGUGAACAUGAAAAUCUGCCUUUGGAUCCUGGACCUGCUAAGAGUGAGAUAUGUAAUGAGACUGUAGGUAAGGAUGUAAUCAAUGAAGUUGGAGCUGAUGAAGGGGCUAGAUCCAGUGGAAAAGAUGAUGAUGAGAAUUGGACUUUUAAAAGGUUGAGUGUACAUAAUGAGUUUCCAGGAAUCCAGUUUUUAGAUGAGAAGGGCAACAGGCUAUCCAUUCCUGGCACAGAGUUUGAAGAAGGGACACCUCUACCUGGAUUAAAUUUGAGUGAUAAAGAAGGGAGUAUUUGUAGUGCAGCUACAUUUGGUUCAUUUCAUAGUGAAGCAGUUUUCGGUGGAUCAACCAUGUAUGAUGAGAACAUAGAAACUGAACAAACUGAACAUUCUGAGCAAGGCAUUGAUCUUCCUGCAGAUGCAUCAAAAGCCCUGAAGCAUGUAAAAGAUGAUAAAUGUGCUGCAUCUGACCUUCCUUGUGAAGCAUGGUGGAAAAGAAGGGCAAGUUCCUUGUAUGCUCAUGCAAAAGAAGCAAAUGCUGUUUGGUCCAUUUUCAUUGCAGCAGCUGUCAUGGGUCUUGUACUUAUUGGGCAGCGAUGGCAGCAAGAAAGGUGGCAAGCCUUGCAGCUGAAGUGGCAGCUUAGCAUCAGUGAGGAGAGGGCUAACAGGAUGCUCCGUCCGAUAGCACGCCUUAAAGAUGCCAUUGUGGGUGGCCACCGCCGUGGUUCUUUUAUCAGGAGCAGCUCUUCCUAUGAUAACUGAGAUGAUGAACCGGCAAAAAAAAGAAGAACAAGAGAUGAGAGAUUGGUGUCAAUGUUGUUAAUACUGUAGUUUGCUGUGUGGUUCACUCAUUCUCACGAAAAUGUUACACUUAGCUACAUGUCAAGAGCUUGAUGAUAAUGUUAUGCUGUUGUAUUCUAUUAUUACUAUUGUUAAGUUGUGCUAUGUAGGUCGAUAUUCCUACUAAUAAAAUCAACCAACUGUUGCUGCA